CAUUGCUGAAAUGGUGAUAAUUCUGCAAACUGCAUAGAAAAAGAUCAUUAACAUAUGAAAAAAAAAGAAGUGGGAAUCAAGGGCACUGAAUUCUUACCAGGGUUAUGACAGCAAACUGUGCAUGUGUAUCAACUACAUCAGAUGGCCUGUAAAUACUCCUGUCCCACCUACUGUAUGAGCACCAGUCAUGGUUACCCUCUGCCUACUCUCCCAAAUAUUGAUUGAACUACCCUCGAUUAAACCAAGUGCCAUUCACCUUAUUUACAAGACCCCGAAAACGGGAUGUGUACAGUAUAGUAGGGUGUCAAGGAAAACUGGCUGUUUUGGCUGAUGGGGCUUUACGUAAGGGGUCAACUGUUCACAGCCUGCACUUUAUUACCUGCUGUUAUAUUAUCGUGUUCAAACCUUUAUCAGGCAAGACCUGAGGGGCAAAGUGCAUCACAUACCAGUAAUCACAUCAAUAAAUAAUGGGCUUUACGACCAGGACUGUAGCAUAUUAAUGGGUAGCUUUUUGUUUCCGAGUUGCUCAGUGUUCACCACCUCCAUCUCAGGAUGUUGAAGUUAGUGCUGCUGUUCCUGACGCUGUCAGGCCUCCAGGCUGUCCCGCUUGCACUCCCUCGAAGGUUGCAGAGGACAACCUACCGGCUCCCCGAUGGCUUCCGACAAGGUACCGAGCCCUCCAGGAGAUUCCUUGUUGACCUCAACACCGGCCUGGUGCAGGAGCACAUCACUGAGAUGGACAGGAGAGUGGCUUUCAUCCAGCCUUCUCUGGGAAAUGGAUUUGGAGAGAUGGAGAGAAGACACUGGCUGACAGACAAGGUCCCUCUUGACGUUCCAGCCCAGAAGAAUGGUGGCGGUUGGAUUCGUGUGGAGGAACCCUCUGCUUCUCAUAUCCCUGAUGGUUUCAGACAGGGAACCGAACCCAAGAUAUCCAUCCCUGAUGGUUUCAGACAGGGAACCGAACCCAAGAUGUCCAUCCCAGAUGGUUUCAGACAGGGAACCGAACCCAAGAUGUCCAUCCCAGAUGGUUUCAGACAGGGAACCGAACCCAAGAUGUCCAUCCCAGAUGGUUUCAGACAGGGAACCGAACCCAUCAUGAUGCUCCCUUAUGGUUUCAGGCAGGGAACCGAGCCCAUGAGGUCUGCCUCAGAUGGCCUUAGGCUAGUAGUAGAACAUGUGAUGUCUAUGUCAGCUGGUUUUAGUCAGGGAACUGAACCUGUCCGUAAGGUCCCAGAGGGCUUUAGACAAGGAACUGAACCAUCUCUUCACCUUCCAGAGGGCUUUAGACAGGGAACUGAACCAUCUCUUCACCUUCCAGAGGGCUUUAGACAGGGAACUGAACCAUCUCUUCACCUUCCAGAGGGCUUUAGACAGGGAACUGAACCAUCUCUUCACCUUCCAGAGGGCUUUAGACAGGGAACUGAACCCUUCAUGUCUAUCCCAGAUGUUUUCAGACAGGGCACUGAACCCAUUCUUAAAAUCCCAGAGGGCUUUAAACAAGGAACCGAACCCUCCACCUCCGGGCUCCAAACAAAGACCGUGGCAUGUAAGGGGGAGGUCAUCAAUGAAAACUGCUAUGAGUUCAACCCCACGCCGCUGGCCUUCGAAGAUGCACAGGUCUUAUGCAGAGCUCUUGCCCCAAAUGCUGAGCUUGCAUCUAUAACCAGUGGCGACCUCCAUUCCCGCCUGGUUUCUCUAGUGACAAAUGGUGGUGAGAGCAACCCUGUGUUGACCUGGCUAGGAGGCAUGGUCAAGAAUCAGCAGGCAUCAUGGGUAGACGGGUCAGAGUGGCGUUACAGUGACUGGAUGCCAGGUCACCCCAACAUUCACACUGAUAAACCGGUCUGUGUGGAAAUGUUCAAGAUAGAUGAGAGCUGGUGGACGGCCAUCGACUGUGAACUGAAGAGAGCGUCCAUCUGCUCAUACCCAAUCUCUGCAUGAAAACCACAAAGAAACAGCAUAAGACAGUGCCCCGGUUGAUUUCUUUCCUCUUGAAUAUCCGUCAAUACUGUUUCCAUUAGUUUGGGCUACCAUUAAAUGCAUCAGUCUGGAUUUCCUUGAAUCUCCUUGAAUAAAACUUGACAUAUUA